UGUGAAAAGAUUCUUAUUUUAGUUGAUGUGCUCAGGGUAUUUGAUUGUAGAUUUUCAUAUGGAUUCUACUGUUAUGAGAUUUUUAAGUUUGUCUUUGGUGGUAUUUUUAAGCCUUGGUGUUCAUGACAGCAUUGGAAUUGUUGAUGACUAUAGUUCUGUCAGCAAUGGAGGAAACCCUGAUAUCCCAAAAGAUGGUCGACCCAUGCAGGAUGAUGUUAAACCAAGAAGUGUUUAUACAUGGUAUGGCCCAGGAGAUGUUUCUGGACCAAUCAGGCCUCGGCGUUCUAGGAAUAUAAUUUAUCGUGCUGCAGUUAAGGGAGGCUAUGGUUCUGAAAGCUACAAUUCUCAGACUGGCUCUUCAGGUGGUCCCGUGACAAGUGGAAGUUCUGGUUUAGACCAUAGUAGCCAGCUUCAGGGCUUUCAAUUUGCUUCAGUUGGAAGUAGUCUUGUGAGUAGUGCAGCAGGUAUGGGCAUGUCAGGGUAUGGUUUAAGUCGGUCAGUUAAUCUUCAAGGCUCUGAUGCUAUUGUUGCUUCCAUGGUCUUGAUGCCAUUGCAGCGACGUAGUGAUUCUGUUUUUAAGCCAGAGCAGCUAACUCCCCAAGUUCCUCUGCAGCCCAGCAAUGACUCUGUGGCAGAGCCUGGCAGUCAACCGCUAGUGCAGACAAUCUCCCAGUCCAAUGGUCCGCAACCAGCACAAGCCAGCUCUGGAUCCAUGGCCCAGUCUAGCACCCUGCAGUUAACCCAAACCAGUGGCCAACAAAUGGCACAGGCCAGCUCCCAUUCUGCAAGGCAGUCAAAUAGAUUACCCCUUAAGCCUCAGAAAGCUAGAGUUUGGCUAACUAGUUCUAAGCUUUUUUCAGGUUCCAAGCCAGUUCAGGAUCCAAGCUUUGGCCAAUACUGUGGCCAGAAACCAGUACAAACUAGCUUUAAACCGGUAGUUCAACCAAGCAGCCAACAACGAGCACAGAUCAUCCAGACUAGCCGUGAACAACUGGCACAAACCAGCUUUCAGUCUGUGGCCCAAGCCAGUAGCCAGCAACUUUCACAAGCUACUAACCUGCCUUUGGUUCAGCCCAGUAGCCAACAACUACAAGAACAGGCCAGCUCUCAGUUUGUGGCCUGGCCAAGCAGCCACCUAGCACAAGCCAGCUACCAUUCAGUGGCCCAGCCUGCUGCUCAACAACCAGCACUAGCCAGCUACCCAUCUGUGGCUCGGCCCAGUGUCCAACCAGUACAAGCCACUUAUCUGCCUGUGGUUCGGCUUAGCAGCCAACAGGUUCAGGCCAGCCAUUCUGAUGCCCAGUCCAAUGGAAUGCAUCCAGAACAGAGCAGAUAUAUGUCUGAGGCACAGCCCAGUAGCCUGACUCUUUUCAAGCCCCCAAAAGGUAGGCUUCAAUUUGCUUCUAAACUCUUUUCUGGUACCAGGCCACUCCAGAAUCCAAGCUCUGUAGUUCAGUCAAGUAGCCAACCAACCGCACAAGCAAGCUACCAGUCAGUAGUCCAGCCUGCUGUCCAACAAUCAGCACAAUCCACUGAAUCGCCUGUGGUUCAGCCCAGCAGCCAACUCUUAGAACAGGCCAGCUCUCAGUCUGUUGCCCAGCAUAGCACCCAACUAGCACAACCCAGCUACCUGUCUGUGUUUCAGCCCAGUGUCCAACCAGAACAAGCCACUUAUCUGCCUGUGGUUCGGCUCAGCAGCCAACAAGUUCAGUCUAUUAAUUCUGUUGCCCAGUCCAGUGGAAUGCAACCAGCACAGGGGAGCUAUAUGUCUAUGGCACAGCCCAGUAUCCAACAAACACAAGCCAAAUUCCAAUCUGUGGCCCAGGCCAGCAGCCAGCAAUUCUCACAAGCCACUGACGUGCCUGUGGUUCAGCUCAGCAGCCAACAAGUUCAGGCAAGCCAUUCUGUUGCCCAGUCUAAUGGAAUGCAACCAGCACAAGGCAGCUAUAUGUCUGAGGCAGAGCCUCAAAAAGGUAGGCUUCAAUUUGUUUCUAAGCUCUUUUCUGGUACCAGGCCACUCCAGAAUCCAAGUUCUAGCGCUGUAGUUCAGUCAAGUAGCCAAAGAACAGCACAAGCCAGCUACCAGAAAGUAGUUCAGCCUGCUGUCCAACAACCAGCACAAGACACUGAUCUGCCUGUGGUUCAGCCAAGCAGCCAACUAAUAGAAAAGUCCAGCUCUCCAUCUGUUGACCAGCUCAGCACCCAACUAGCACAAGCCAGCUACCCAUCUGUUGCUCAGGCCAGUGUCCAAUCAGUACAAGCCACUGACCUGCCUGUGGUUCCACCCAGCAGCCAGCAACUAGAACAGGCCGGAUCUCAGUCUAUUACCCAGCCCAGUAGCCAACUAGCAGAAGCCGGCUACCAAUCUGUGGCUCUUCUCAGCAGACCACAAAUCACUCAAGCCAUUGACUUGUCAGUGUCCCAGCCCAACAGCCAACAACCAAUGCAAGGCAGUGACCAGUCUGUUGGCCAAAGCUCCAGCCAGCAACUAGUUCAGACCAGCCAAUCGGUUCAGUCCAGUGAACCACAACUAGCACAAGGCAGCUUUAUGUUUGUGGCACAACCCAGUAGGGUGACUCUAUUCAAGCCCCAAAAAGGUAGGCUUCAAUUUGGUUCCAAGCUUUUUUCUGGUACCAGGCCACUCCAGAAACCAAAUUAUAGCUCCGUAGUUCAGUCCAGUAGCCAACAACCAGCACAAGCCAACUUUCAGUCAGUGGCCCAGCCUGCUGUCCAGCAACCAGCACAAGCCAACUUUCAGUCAGUGGCCCAGCCUGCUGUCCAGCAACCAACACAAGCCAGCCACCCAUCUUUGGUUCAGCCCAGUGUCCAACAACCAGCACAUUCCAGAUGCAAGUCUGUAGUCCAGCACAGUGGAGAAACUGAUUGGAUGCCACUGCAGGCCCAAGGGGGCCAACUUUAUCAAGUUGGCUCCAAACUUUAUUUAUGCCAGGAGUAUGUAUUGCAGCCAAGUUGCCAGCAUGCAGCCCAACCAGGAUCGACUGAAUAUCAACCUCCAUCAAGACCAGCAUCUCAAUCCUUACUUCAGCACAUCAAAUAUGUUAAACAACCUAUUCACCAGGCCCCAGUGAAGCCUGAGCAGGACACCCAUUUGUUGGAGUCACCCAACAGCCAUAUCCCUCCUGGACCACUGCAGUCCACUUUCAGACUAGCACAACUGCCUGAACAGUCUAGCUACCAGCCUCCAGUUAUUCCAAGCCAACAGCCUCUUGCUAAGCACAGACUACCCAGUUAUGGUUCUGAAUCACAGCUCAGUGGACCGCAAUCUGGACCUCCGAGGCAAUUGCAACAGCCUGGCUACCAGCUUCUGGCCAUGCCUAGGCAAGAUGUAUACAAACCCUCAAGCAAUCUAGAACCAUCCACCUACCAGCCUCAGUUGUUGCCUAGCCACCAGUCACUAGCUCAGUCUGGCUACUAUUCCACAGUUUUGCCAGCACAAUCCCGAUACCAGGCACUGUCCAGUUCUGAGACUGUCUCUCAGUCUGGAUACCUUGUCUCCUCUAUGCCUUGGCAGUCCAGUUCCCAGCCUCAAAUGCUGCCUAGCCGCCAGUCACUAGCGCAGUCUGGCUACUUAUCCCCAGGCAUUCCAGUGCAAUCUCAGUACAAGCCCCAGGUACAGUCAAGUUACAAGACCGUAUCACAGCCUGGGUUCCAAACAUCUGUGCCUGGGCAGUCAAGUUACAAAUCUGUAUCCAGUUCCCAAGCCUUGGAGCAGCCCAGUAGUCACCAUUUCAAGCUAUGAGUCGGUAUCAGUCCAUGCAACCAGAACUUGCCUGUAACAAACCAGAAUGCUCCUGGAACAGCUAAAAGUAGCCAGCAUUCAUCCCAAAACAGAGUCUGGUUGUUCCAACAAGUGAAAUCAUAGCUGUUUACUUGCUUGAAGUUUUCUGGUUUUGAAUGCCUGUUUUUGAAAAUCUCAAUAAAAUGUAAUUUAGCAA